AUGGAGAUCCACGUUCAGAUUCCCCAGGGCGCCAAGCCCGGAACGACCUUUCAGGUGCAGGCAAAUGGGCAGAUCCUCACUGUGCUGGUGCCCGCGGGCACCCAGCCAGGGCAGACCAUCAGCGUGCCCUUUCAGGCGGCCGCUCCCGCUGCGCCCGUCUGGCAGCCGCCGCCCGCGGAUCCGCUGCCCAUCCUACAGUUCAGUUGGGUCAUCGGUGGUGCGUUCACGGGCGGCUUCCUUUCCUGGAUCGGCGUCUGUGUCAACAACGCCAACCCGCCACGGACGCCCAGGGAGAUCAAUGCCGCAAAGUUCGUGAUGCCAGCUGCAGUCUACUACCUCGGGGUUUUGAUUCUCUACAUCAUCGUCUUCGCGGCAAUGGUCGCCACGGGCACCUAUAUGUUCAUCAGCCUCGCGGCCCUGGGAACGCUGAUCCUCUACGCAGCAGUGUGCGCGACGUUCUUCGUGCGCCAGUACUUGAGCGACCAGGCGCUGGUGCAGAGUCGGCUGGCCGGCCAGCAGAUCCCCGGCACCUCCGGUGCCGUUGUGAUGGGUCAGCCGUCGCCAGGGGCUUAG